AUGGAUAUUCUAUCGCGGCAGUACGGCAGUGACGAGGAGGGAGGGGAGGAUUCGCCGCGAGAGAAAUCCGCGAUAACGGCUUCUCCGCCUCGGGAAAAGCACUCUUUUGGUCCGGGUACUGGUGCAACGCUAACUGGGUCCGCCGGAAUCACUGCUGUCAAGGCGGCUUCCCGAAUUCCUCAGGAAAAUGACGAUAACGAUAGCGAUGACGACAAUAUGGCGUACAGGAUCCUCGCCCCGCCUAGUUCUGCCGCUCCGCCAGUGAGCGACGCGUUACUCGCUGCUGUACCGCGCGAUAUCAUGACAGCUCCGAUCGACCCGUCGAAACGGAAUUUACAAUUUAAUCCGACUUACGAUCAACUGUGGACUCCAGUAGUGGGACCCGCGCAUCCUCAUAACGCGGAUGGCCGCGCGUUAGGGUUGCGAAACCACCGGCUGGGAUCCGUCCAAGACGCAUCGGUUGACUCUUUUGUCUUUGAUGAACAGUACCACACGUUCCAGGCGUACGGCUACAGUGUUGACCCCGCAAGUGUAAACGGGACCGAGGUCGUGGGUGACAAAGAAGCAGUUGACAAUAAGGGGGGUGCUACAGUGUAUAAUGUGUCUAAACAGGAGCGGGAAAAGCGGGCUAUGGUUUUGAAAGAGGAGGAGAGGAGGAAAAAGGCGGAGGAGAAGCAGAGGAAGGAGGAGGAGAGGAAGAGGAAGGAAGAGAAGAAGAGGAGGAAGGAGGAGGAGAGAGCGAAGAAGGAAGAGAGGAAGAGGAAGAAGGAGGAGGAGAAGGCGAGGAAGGCUGGAAAGAAGAAGCGGAAGGGGGAAGGUGUGGGGGGGGCGGGACUGGGGGAGGAAGAAGGGGAGGGAGCACGGGGAGCGGGGGAGGGGGAAGGGGAGGGGGAGGGAGAGGGGAGGAAGCGAGGGCGGAAAGAAAAGAGUGUUGUUCACGAAGAGAAGGAGGGUGAGGAAAUGGGAAGGAAGAGCAAGGAGGAGGAGCGAGAAGAGGAGGAGGAAGAGGAAGAAGAGGAGAGCGAGGAGGAGGAAGAGGAGGAGGAGGAAGAGAGCGAAGAAGAGGAGGAGGAGGAAGAGAGUGAAGAAGAGGAGGAGGAAGAGGAGGCACCAGUAGAGGAGAUAGCCAAUCCGGCGUCAGAAUCAUGGCUCCUCAAAAGCUCCAAAUCCCCCUGGGCAGGCAAAAAAGAGGAGCCCAAGGCUGAGCUGACCGAGGAGCAAAAGAAAUACGCGGAGGAGCACGCUUUGAAAAAAGCCAAGAAGGAGCGGGGGGAUAAGGAGGAGGUGGAAGAGAAGAGCACGUUUCAUGGGAAGCAGGAGAAGGACUACCAGGGCCGGUCCUGGAUUGCUCCUCCUAAAGACGCCCUUAAUCCCGUGCCGCCCACGCACUGCUAUAUUCCGAAGCGGUGGAUACACACGUGGAGCGGGCAUACCAAGGGCGUCAGUGCCAUCCGGUUCUUCCCAAAGUACGGCCAUCUGCUGCUGUCGGCAUCAAUGGACACCAAGAUCAAGAUCUGGGACGUACCAAACACCCAGAAGUGCAUGCGCACAUACAUGGGUCACUCCAAAGCUGUUCGAGACAUUUGCUUUGCAAACGACGGGUUGAAAUUCGUGUCGUGCGGUUACGACCGAAACAUCAAGCUUUGGGACACCGAGACCGGGCAGGUCACGGGGACGUUUUCCACGGGUAAAAUACCCUACGUGGUGAAAUUACACCCGGACGACGAUAAGCAGAACAUUCUGCUGGCGGGAAUGAGCGACAAGAAGAUUAUGCAGUGGGACACGCGGUCAGGGGAAAUUACCCAGGAAUAUGACCAGCAUCUGGGCGCGGUGAACACGAUCACCUUCCUGGAUGACAAUCGGCGGUUUGUGACGAGCAGCGACGACAAAUCUCUCCGCGUGUGGGAGUUUGGCAUCCCCGUGGUGGUCAAGUAUAUCAGUGAGCCGCACAUGCACUCCAUGCCGGCCAUAGCAGUGCAUCCCAACAAGGCAUGGGUGGCAGCGCAAUCGCUAGACAACCAGAUCAUAGUGUAUGGUGCCAAGGACCGCUUUAGGCUGAACCGGAAGAAGCGAUUUGCAGGUCACAUCAUUGCAGGAUACGCCUGCCAGGUGAACUUCUCUCCCGAUGGCCGGUUCAUAAUGUCGGGCGACGGAGAGGGCAAGCUGUGGUUUUGGGACUGGAAGACGUGCAAGGUGUUCCGCACAGUCAAGUGCCACGACUCGGUGUGCAUCGGGUGUGAGUGGCACCCGCUGGAGACGAGCAAGGUCGCCACAUGCGGCUGGGACGGGCUCAUCAAAUACUGGGAUUGA